AUGUCUCCGCUGCCCCGCCUCAUCCUCCUCUUCUUCUUCGCCGCCGCCGCGGCGGCGGUCACGGCGUCCGUCGCAUCGCUCAACGGCGCGGCGAGCGACCUGCUCCCCAAGUACGGCCUGCCGAAGGGGCUCAUCCCGGACUCCGUGGCCUCCUACAGCUUCGACGAGGCCACGGGCGCCUUCGAGAUCCACCUCGCCAGCACCUGCUACGUCCACUUCGGCUCCCACCUCGUCUACUACGAGAGGACCAUAACCGGCAAGCUCUCCGAGGGCGCCAUCUCGGACCUCUCCGGCGUCCAGGCCAAGAAGCUCUUUCUCUGGGUCUACGUCACGGGGAUGGUCGCGCACCCCGACCAGGGCACCAUCGAGUUCCAGGCCGGCUUCAUCUCGGAGUCGCUAUCGGCCUCGAUGUUCGACGAGGUGCCCACCUGCGGUUCCAGCGUCGGCGCGCAGCUGCGCGGCGCGGCUGGGGUGAUCGGAGAGCUUGGCCUGCUCCCCGUUGCGCAGUCGAAAGAAUAUUAUAUCUCAGUGACUAGGCCUGAACCUCGAGUUGAGAAUCCACACUCCCAGAGAACCGCAGGACCUUCCAGUUUGCUGUCGCGGUGUCGCCUGAGCCCUAAAGUGCCGUUCAGCUGUGGUGUGUUCUGCUGCCUGUACCAGUAUCUGGUUGUUGCUCCCGGUCUCAAUGGACAUCGAUGA